AUGAAGCGUCCAGCCAUUGGAAGAAAAGGAGUCAUCGCUUUCAUCGGUGUUGUGGCUGUGAUUUCUGCUUGUGUAGCUCUGGCAGUGACUCUGGCAGUCAAAAGGAAAUGCCCGCAAGAUACCAUAGCUAGGCCCACCUUCUCUACGGGUGGAGAUAUGCUGGAUUAUUUGCUAAAUCUGAGGAGAAUAGACAGAAAAGAUGGAUUAUUGGUCACCUGGCACCAUGCUGCAAACCGAAAGAGUGAGAUGGAAGAGGCCUUAAAGAGUGAUGUUAUGGCCCUUGAAUCUGAUGUCACUGUUGAAGGAUACAACACACUUAAUGAGACUGACAAGCCCAUCAUGGCCCAUCCGCCUGCCGUCUACAGUGACAACACUCUUGAGGAAUGGCUGGAGGCAGUGCUUAAAUCAUCUAAUAAAGCCAUCAAGCUAGAUUUCAAGAACAUCAAGUCUGUGGGCCCAUCGCUGGAUAUCUUGGUCAAAGUCUUCUCACAGCUGGAUGUUGACAGGCCUGUGUGGCUAAAUGCAGACAUUCUGAGAGGCCCAAAUGUACCUUUUAAUAAUGCUAUUAAUGCAAGUCUAUUCUUCUCACUCAUCCAGGAAAAAUUCCCAAACUGCACUCUUUCCCCAGGAUGGACAACCUUCUAUAUACCUCUCUUGCCAAGCAUGACCUAUACCCAGAAAAUGGUUGAGGAAAUGCACAGCCUUGUGAGAAAGAUGCCUCAGCAAAUCACCUUUCCUGUGAGAGCUGUCUUGGCAAGAGCAGCUUGGCCUCAUUUGAGCUGGCUCUUGAAUCAGUCCAAUAGGUAUAGCCUGACUUUGUGGCAAGGGAAGCUUGAUCCAGUGACAGUGGAAGAUCUCAUGUUUAUUCGAAAUAAUAGCCAACCUGAACAAAUCUAUUACGACCUUUAUGAUCCUGUUUUGUCUCAGUUCAAAGACAUGGCACGUGAGUAUUACAUUUUACUCUUCUUCUUUAAAGCUGGAAUAUAUGCCCCCAUGAAAAUAGGGGGUAAGUUAGACUGUAAUCAUAAAAUAUUUACAUAUUCCAUAGGAGCACAAGAGUCACAGCCUCACUUAUUUCAGGCAACUAGUACAUUAGACUUGUAAACAUGUUCUUGCCCCUGUAGUGACUUACAUCCAAGU